AUGAGUGAUAGUGAUAGUAAAAUAAAAAAUGGAAUCGAAAUCACUGUUAUUUCAGAAGAGAAAAAAACUAAAGCAGAUGCUGCAAAAGAAGCUGCAAAUAAAUUAUUUCAAGAAUUUGUCAAAGAAAUGUUAGAUUAUUUCAAAGAUCAAAAGAAAAUUCAUCGAAAAUAUGCAUAUAAGAUUAUUUUAUCAGUAAGAAAUUUGAUGUUAGAAGUCCCAUCAUUAGUAGAUAUUGAUAUUCCAAAAGAUUCUAAAAUCACAGUUUGUGGAGAUAUUCAUGGACAAUUUUAUGAUCUAUUAAAUAUCUUUGAUCUUAAUGGUCUACCAUCUACAAAUAACAUGUAUCUUUUCAAUGGUGAUUUUGUUGAUCGUGGAUCAUUUAGUUUAGAGGUGAUAUUGACAUUGUUUGCUUUCAAAUGGCUUUACCCAAAUUCAUUGCAUUUAACAAGAGGGAACCAUGAAACUGAUGAUAUGAAUAAAGUAUAUGGAUUUGAGGGAGAGGUGCAUGCCAAAUAUUCUAAAGAAAUGUUUGAACUUUUUGCAGAAACUUUUACCACCCUACCACUUGCAAAUGUUAUAAAGAACAAGAUAAUGGUGGUACACGGUGGAUUGUUUAGUCGUGAUGAUGUCACAUUAGAUGAAAUAAGAAAAGUUAACAGAUUUAACAGUCGACAAAUAAAUAGCGAAAGUUUGAUGUGUGAAAUUUUGUGGUCAGAUCCACAAAUAUUACCAGGAAGAAGUCCAAGUAAAAGAGGAUUAGGUGUACAAUUUGGACCAGAUGUUACUGAGAAUUUCUUGAAAAGAAAUAAUCUUGUUAAAGAAAAUGGUUAUGUUAUAGAACAUAAUGGUAAAUGCAUAACUGUUUUUUCAGCACCUAAUUACUGUGACACAAUGGGAAACAAAGGAGCAUUUAUUGUCAUCACACCAGACUUGGAGUUAAAUUACAAGACAUUCACUGCUGUGCAUAAAAUUAAAUAA